UGUGCAGCGAUGACAGCGAGAGCACCGCAGCCAUUAGCCAAACAGCGGAGCAGGGCAGUGUAUUACACAGAUGAUGCUGCGUAAUUAGCUCUAAUCCAGCUGUGGUUUCCAGCUGUCUCCUGCAACUCGCCUCCUAUACGCUGAUCCUAUAAAGAGGGAACCUGCGCAUUUAUUCUGCAAAUUCAUGAUGGUGUCGAUGCUCAACUACAAUGGAAAAUAGCCCUUAACUUCCACUGUACACUUACAGCAAGUGCUGCUGCUGUCGAUAGAUAAAAUCGCUAAAACCUGCUUGUCAUGUAAGUAACAUGCAAUAGGCUGCACGUAACAGGCUCCCCAGAUCGGCGAACAUGGGAUGCAUCAGGGCUUGUCUGCAGAAAAUAAGACGAAGGGUGAAGCUGGAGCGGUUCAGAGAGCUCGGCCGACAGUAUCCAGUCUUCUGCUUUCUCAUGCUGGUCCUGCUGCUGUCUACUGUGCUUUUAAACAGGUAUAUUCAUAUUAUGAUGGUGUUUUGGUCCUUCCUGGCUGGAGUCUUCACUUUCUACUGCUCUUUGGGGCCCGAAUCUCUGCUGCCCAACGUCUUGGUCUCCAUCAAAUCAAAAACCAAGUCAUACCAACAGGAGCUGUUUCCACUAGGUCACAGCUGUGCCGUUUGUGGAAAAAUCAAAUGCAAAAGGCACAGACCAACUUUAUUACUGGAAAACUAUCAACCAUGGCUUGACCUGAACAUUCCCUCUAAGGUGGAUGCUUCUCUUUCAGAGAUUCUGGAGCUGGUUCUGGAAAACUUUGUGUAUCCUUGGUAUAGAGACAUCACGGACGAUGAGGCGUUUGUUGACGAUCUCAGAGUGACUUUGCGCUUCUUUGCAGCUGUGUUGGUCCGACGGACCCAGAAGGUGGAUGUGGCAUCCCUCAUCACACAAAAGCUUCUUAAAGUUGCCAUGAAGCACAUUGAAAUAAUAAGCAAAGCAAGACAGAAAGUAAAGAACGCUGAGUUUCUUCAACAAGCUGCCCUGGAGGAAUAUGGUCCUGACCUCCAUGUAGCCCUUCGCAGUCGCAGAGAUGAGCUCCUCUACCUCAGGAAGUUGACUGAGAUGCUCUUUCCUUACAUCCUGCCACCCAAGGCUACAGACUGCAGAUCUCUUACUCUCCUGAUAAGAGAAGUCUUGGCUGGUUCUGUCUUCCUUCCUUCAAUGGACUACUUGGCUGAUCCUGACACAGUGAAUCAUUUACUUUUGAUAUUCAUAGACAACUCCCCUCCUGAAGAACCCAUGGAGCCCACUUCAACAUUGGUUCCUUUUCUACAAAAGUACUCUGACAUUCGCAACAAAAAGCCCUCUGUGCUGAAACUGGAGUUGAGGGAAAUCAGAGAACAGCAAGACCUUCUCUUCCGUUUCAUGAACUUCUUGAAGCAAGAAGGGGCCGUUCACGUGCUGCAGUUCUGCCUUGCAGUCGAGGAAUUCAAUGACAAGAUACUGUGCCCAGAGCUGUCUGACACAGAAAAGAUAAUGCUUCAUGAGGAGGUGAAGAAGAUCUAUGAGACGUACUGUUUGGACGAGAGCGUCGACAAGAUCCGCUUUGAUCCUUUCAUAGUGGAAGAAAUACGCAACAUUGCAGAGGGCCCGUAUGCAGAGGUGGUGAAGCUGCAGACCAUGAGGUGUUUGUUUGAAGCCUAUGAGCACGUCCUGUCCCUCCUGGAGAAUGUUUUCACCCCAAUGUUCUGUCACAGUGAUGAGUACUUCCGCCAGCUUCUGAGAGGGGCAGAGUCCCCAGCCAGGAAUUCCAGGAUGAGCAGAAAUAGCCUCAGUUUGGAUGACAUCCGUUCCUGGGACUGGAGCCCCGAGUCCCCGUCCUCAAUGUUCACCGCCUCUGGCAGCUCUUCACCUGCAUCUUUUAACUCCCUCCAUGCCCAGUCCACGUUCACAACCUUCUCAUACGGCUCGCUAUCCCACCGCCACUCAUCACCCAAGAACACGUCGAAGAGGGGCGAGUCCUUUGGGAUCAGCCGCAUUGGCAGUAAGAUCAAAGGAGUGUUCAAGAGCACAACCAUGGAGGGAGCCAUGCUGCCAUCCCAUGGGCUUGUGGAGGGAGAGGACGAUAUGGUGGAGGAAGCCAUGAUGGUGCUGGAGGACGACUCCCCCAUGGAGGCAGCGUCCACCCCCAGCACUCCCCGAAACCUCUCAGCCUGGAACAUCACCAUCCCAUACAUUGAUUUUUAUGACGACGAUGUGAAGAGAGAAAGGAUUCCUGUGUUCUGUAUCGAUGUAGAGCGCAAUGACCGGAAGGCAGUGGGACAUGAGUCUGAGAACUGGUCUGUGUACAGAAGAUAUCUGGAGUUCUAUGUCUUUGAAUCAAAGCUCACUGAGUUUCAUGGCUCGUUUCCAGAUGCACAGUUGCCUUCGAAGAGAAUCAUCGGUCCCAAGAAUUAUGAGUUCCUCACAUCGAAGCGAGAGGAGUUCCAGGAGUACCUUCAGAAACUUCUGCAGCACCCUGAGCUGAGUAACAGUCAGCUCCUCGCCGACUUCCUGUCCCCGUACAGUAUGGAGUCUCAGUUCCUGGACAAGAUGUUACCUGAUGUGAACCUGGGGAAAAUCAUUAAGUCAGUUCCCAGCAAACUGAUAAAAGAGAAAGGGCAGCAUCUGGAGCCAUUCAUCCAGUCCUUUUUCAACUCGUGUGAAUCUCCCAAACCCAAACCCAGCCGCCCUGAGCUCACUAUCCUGAGCCCGACCUCGGAAAAUGAUAAAAAGCUCUUCAACGACCUCUUCAAAAACAACGCCAACCGAUCAGAGAUGACUGAGAAGAGACAUAAUCAGAAUUACUUCAUGGAAAUGAUCACCGUUGAAGGGCUGUAUGACUACUUAAUGUUUCUGGGCAGAGUUGUCUUCCACAUCCCGGACUGGCUGCACCACCUGCUAAUGGGUGGCAGGAUUUUGUUAAAGAACACACUUGAAGCCUACACAGAUUACUACCUUCAGUGCAAGCUGAACCAGGUGGUCCAGGAGCACCGGCUAGUCUCGCUUAUCACCCUGCUUAGAGACACAGUUUUCUGUGAGAGCAGUGUGCCUCGAUCAGCCCAAGAUAAGCAGAGGAGGGCGAAAAAGACAUUUGAUCAGAUGAGGACCUACAUUCCAGAUUUUCUGGGGAAAUGUAUCGGAGAAGAGGCCAAGUAUGAAGGAGUACGCCUCCUCUUCGAUGGACUGCAACAGCCAGUUCUUAACAAACAGCUGACAUAUGUGCUGUUGGACAUCGCCAUUCAAGAACUUUUCCCUGAGCUAAACAAGCAGGUGCAGAAGGACACCGCUGUGAUGGCUCCAUGGAUGUAAAAUGAACACUUCAAUUCCCAUGAGCUCACAUGCUUUCUAGGCAUUACACCAAGCCAAAACACAUGCAGAGAUGUGUUUGUUCGGUUUCCAAAAACAUGUAGAUCACAUGUUCAGUAUCUGACCUGGAUGCAUGGCACAGCAGGAAGAGGAAACCCAAGGCUUUUGCUAAAUAAAUUAUAUAAAUAAAUUAUAUAACAGUGGUCUUUGUGUAAUUAGUCUGAACUAUAACGGCAGCAGUGUAAAAGUGUGCUGUUUGACAGCUGUAGUUGAUUGCAGUAAAACUUUGAAGAAAU